AUGGAAGCAUCAGUUGUUUCGAUAAAAGCAGAACCAUUAGAUGAAAUCGAACAAUCCCAAACACAGGGACACAUCAACCAAAUGGACGAAGAAUCUUCAUUAGUGUCUAAGAUUGUUGUGCCUCCAUCUCCGAUUGUAAACCGAUUAGCUCUCCAUCACUUAACAGCUCAAAGAGAAACUCCGGAACCCAGUGAAAAAUUUCUUGCGAUCAUUGAAGGACUUGGAAUUCAGAAGACUGAUCAUUUUGAUAAAGAGGAGUUCAGUAUUCAAGCUUGGAAGCAGUAUCAUUCAUCGUCUCAAUAUGUUGUCCUCGAGGGGAACCCGAAUGCCUGGAUUGCGUGUGCCUUAUAUUCUCAGAUGAUUUCGAAGAAAUUAACAAGUAAAUCACCUACUUCUCUGAGCUUAGCUAAUAUACUAUGUGUUUGUGGAAUAAGUGCUAUGGAAUUCUUUGACAAAAUGGAAAGAUGGACCGAAACAACUUCAAGCAGCAAAAAGAUGAGGGAUCAUCUGAACAAAGUUCAAAGUUCCUUGGCUGUAUCCGCUGUUGUUUACAAAAAGUUUCUAAAAAUAUUCCGAACUUUAUUUAUGAAUGUGGAAAAUGAUGAGGUUUUCUCCACGACCAACCUGUUACGUUUGAUCUGGACCAUGUUUCUACUGUUGAAAAAAUCAUUCCCAUCUGAGGAUUUGAUUAACAGCUUUCACUUAUUGUUAUGUGUUAUCGAGCAGAUUUAUAAUGAGCUGUGUGUUUGUAACAUGGAGAAUCUUGUUAGUGAAGAUUUUGCUCAACAGAUGUUGGACUGUGGGGAAGGUGCAUUAGAAUGUUUGUGCCGUCGGUUUGAUGGGAUUGUUUUGGAUGCUAAGCAUUUCAGGACUCAUAUCUAUAAUAUCAAAAGGGACCAUGUCCUUUUCAAUGGUCGAGAUGUGGAAGGCGGUAUCAUCGCCAGGCAUCAAGAGUUGAUAGAAGUUUGGAAUCGUUCGUACACUGAACUGAUUACUAAAAGAGCUGAACUAGACGAAAGAAUAUUUCUUCCUGCUUCUGUCGACAAAGUAUUUGAUAGUUUGUAUGAUUGUUCUCCGAUUGAACUAUUGAAACGUGGAAGCGGUGACGCGAGUUUUGCUGAUGCGGAGCUCUUACUCAGAAUGUCUACUCAGAAUUGUUUGGAGAGGUUGUCAGAACAAAAGAACACAGGCACACCUUUGUCAGCUAAAAGUUAUAUCAUUUCGUCUGAACAACUAUUCCCUCUCACUCCUCUCUCUAGCUCUUUGCACAAUAUAUCCAGACUUAUUGCCUUGAUUCCAUCUGAUUGGACACUACGCAAUUCAUUCCUGGAACAAUGCUGUCAGAGCAUGCGUGACAACCCUCUACCUACUAUAGCCUUACACGCAGAAAACCUGGCGAUCAGAUUCGUAGAGGAAAUUCAGUCCGAGACGAAUGAAAACAGAAUUGUGAAUGAUCAUAGUAUUUCUCUGUCUAUUGAAAAGCAUCAAGCAACUGUGAUCACUCUCUUUUACAUUCUAAUGGAGAGAAUAGCCAAGUAUGAAAUGGACAAAAAUCCUGGAAGAGAUUUAGAGUUCUGCAACGUUUUCCGGAAAGAAGAGUUUUUAUCAUCAGUUUUUGCUUGUGCGAUUGAGUUGGUACUUUUCUCAUAUGGAAGUGUCAGAGUAUUUCCAUGGAGUGUCAAGCUUCUGAAAUUGCCUCCGAUUUCUUUCCACAAAGUUAUUGAAGUUAUAAUCAGGGCAGAGCCGGGUUUGAGCAGAAAUAUGGUUAAACACCUGAACAGGAAGGAGGAAGAGGUUUUGGAGGAGUUGGCAUGGUCAAAUGAUAGCCCUAUAUGGAAUGCUAUCAGGAGGCGUAGAGAUUGCGUUCCAUCAUGUAACAUUGCUUGGAAUCAAUCAAGACAAUUAAGUAAAAGCUAUUCACCUGCCAAAAGAAGACGUCUUGAAGAUGGAACCGCUAGUCCAUCAUUCAACAGUUCGACUGCAACCGCCAUGUUUUUCAGAAAGGUCUACUUUAUCUGUUGCAUGAGAUUAACAGAUUUGUGUGAUAGGAUUCGCGUUGACGAACGUGGUCGUCGUAUGAUUUGGACUCUAUUGGAACAUGUUUUGAGGUCCGAAACGAGUCUGUUGGCCGGAAGGCAUCUCGAUCAAAACCUCUUAUGCAUAAUAUAUAUCAUAGCUAAAACUUUGAAGAUGCAAACAACUUUCAUAGAUAUUAUGACCAACUAUAGGCACCAGCCACAAUCUCGUUCUCAAGUCUACCGUGAAGUGUUGGUGAUCAAAAGCGAUAUUGAGAUGUCUGACGAAGAGUUCAAACAAUCGCCUGAAGCUUCAGACGAAAUGAAAGUUGAUCUAAUUAUGUACUACAACAAAGUGUUCUUACCAAGAGUUCAAGAUUUUGUUAAAAAGAUGGAUGAUGAUCCUGCUAACCUCCCUCUUCUACCUUUCCCCCAACCACGCGGGUUCGGUCUGUCUCCAGUGAAACGUAAUGUCUCUGAAAGAGUUUCUGUGUUACCAUUGACUACAAGCAUUCCUCAAACAGAUCGUCAUUUUAAAUUUAAUAUAAAUUCAAGUCCAGGAAAGGAUCUUCGAAAUAUAAACAGAUUAGUCAAUAUGGGUCAACCGCCUUUCUAUUGA